CAUCAUCCACUGUUAGUUCCUUCCUUCCUUCGUUUCUGUAUGUACGAUGCCGUAGAAGCAGCAGCAGAUACUCAUCAGCUGGGUCUGGCUCUCCCGUCCUUCUUCCUAUGAGACUACUUCCACUGUCAAAUGGUUACUACUGCGACAACAGAGCUCAAUCGUCCUUCGACUUCCUCCAGGUGAUCCAUCCAUUCCAAACCAAACUUGUUCGAAGACCCCCCAAAUGGGUCCGCAUGGAGUCGUCCACCACCACCACCAACACCCAUCGUCUCCAUCGUAACAGCAAGGACAACAAGAAGAAGCUCGUGGUCAUCCUGGGUGCCACCGGCUCCGGCAAGUCACGCCUCUCAAUCGACCUCGCCACUAGUCUCUCCUUCACCUGCGAAGUCAUCAACUCCGAUAAACUGCAAGUCUACAGUGGCCUCGACAUCACUACCAACAAAAUCUCAAUGCUCGAUCGACGCGGCGUUCCCCACCACCUCCUCGGCUUCUUCGAUGCUCACCGAGAGUUCUCCCCUUCCGAUUACCGCUCCCUUGCCGACUCAACCAUCUCAUCCAUCUCGGCACGCAAUCGAUUACCCCUUCUCGUGGGUGGCUCCAAUUCGUUCAUCCAUGCACUACUCGCACAACGAUUCAAUCCCAACUCAAAUUUGUUAGACUCGGGGGUGUCUAACGAAUUACGUUACAACUGUUGUUUCAUCUGGGUGGAUGUGUGCUUCGAUGUUCUCUGCAACUACCUCCGUGUCCGAGUGGACGACAUGCUCGAAGACGGUAUGUUCGAAGAGCUCUCCGAGUUCUACAACCCGGACGAGUCCGACUCGAGUAUAGGUAUCAGGAAAGCAAUCGGGGUUCCUGAGUUCGACCGGUAUUUCAGAAGGUUUCCGCCAUGGAGGAGGAGGAAGAGCACUGAUCUCGAGGAAGAUGUGCAGACGGAAAAGGAGAGAAAGAGAGCGUUCGAAGAGGCAGUGGUGGAGAUAAAGGAAAACACGUGCGAGCUAGCGAAGAUACAGAUGGGGAAGAUCUUACGGCUAAGAUCGGCUGAGUGGGACCUGAGAAGGUUGGAUGCGACGGAGGCGUUCAGGGCGGUGUUGGCUAAUGAUACAGGGAAGAGGGCGGAGGUCUGGGAGAGGGAAGUGGUGGGGCCAUGCGUGAAGAUUGUGAAGCAUUUCCUUGAGGAGUAGUUAGUUUUUCCCCAACCUCCCUCUCUCUCUCUCAUUUCAUUU